AUGUUGUCACUUGGCGAGAACAAGUUUGAGGGACUCCUUCCUCCAUGCCUCAAUAAUUUGACAUCUCUCCGUGUACUUGAUCUUGAAUACAAUGGUUUUGAAGGAACCUUCCCAUCUGAACUCUUUCAUUCUCUCAAGUCCCUCAAAUACAUUACCUUAGAUGAAAGUAAUUUCACUGGCAUAGCAUCGCUUUCUUUGUUUGCCAACCACUCCAACCUUCAAGUUUUCACAAUUUCAUGCUUUAAUAAUCCCAAUCUCAGGAUUGAAACUGAAAACCCCCAAUUUGUCCCUUCAUUCCAAUUAAAGAUUUUCAGUGUAUCCAAGUGCACUAUGAAUGAAGGAAGCAAUGACAGAAUUGUACCAUCUUUUCUUCUUCAUCAACAUGACUUGAGAGUUCUAGAACUUGUCCGUUUGAACCUUUCGGGAAGUUUCCCAAACUGGGUUUUCACAAACAAUACCAAAUUAAAUACUCUCAAUGUCAACAACAACUUCUUGACUGGUCCCUUCAAGCUCAAAUCCACCUCAAAAUUACUUGAUAUGCAGUAUUUUCAUGCUUUCGCUAACCCUAUUAGUGAUGAAAUCCCUCCUCAUAUUGGAUAUGUUCUUCCCAACUUGCUUUCUCUAAACAUGUCUUCCAGUUCAUUAUUUGGUGGAUUUCCAGCUUCGCUCAGUGAUAUGAGGCAAUUAAACUCGCUAGACUUGUCCAAUAACAAUUUGGCUGGCUAUGUGCCCCAAGAAUUUGGGAAGGGUGCCAAUGACUUGCGGUUUCUGAAGUUGUCAAAAAACAACUUAAGUGGUCCGUGUUUACCAGGAGGUUCAAAUUUCACACAUUUGUUGUCUGUGGAUCUAAGCAACAACAACUUCAAAGGAAAAGUGCCAAAUGGGAUUGUUAAAAGUUCAGAACUAAGAAUGUUGGAUUUAAGUGCAAACCAACUAUAUGGAGAAAUACCUAGUUGGAUUGGAAACUUCAAGCAUUUGGCUUACCUCAUUUUAUCCCAAAAUUCUAUGUCAGGUCCAAUUCCACAAAGCUUUUGCAAUUUAGCUGAGCUCAAAUACUUAGACCUUUCUCAAAAUAGAUUCAAUGGCACUUUGCCCAGCUGCCUAAAUAUGUCAUCACUGAGGUACUUGCAUUUACAAAGCAAUGGUUUUAUGGGACCCAUACCUUUUGUUGUGGCCAAAUCUCCCUUGCUGUUAACCUUGGAUUUGACAAGGAAUAGAUUUUCCAGUCAUAUUCCGCGGUGGUUCAAGUCAAUGUUGAAUCUGAGGGUCCUCCUCCUAAGGGGAAACAAACUCGAAGGUUCCAUUCCUGUGGAAUUAUGCAGGCUCAAGAACAUAAGCAUACUGGAUCUUUCACAGAACAAGCUUUCUGGUGGGAUACCAUAUUGCUUGAACAACAUCAACUUUAGAAGGAAGGAUGAGAUCGACGAAGCCAAACUGGGAAAAUAUUUUGUACCCUGGACUACAAGAGGCCCCUUAUUUGAAUUCAAUCACACAAGUGGGGAGCUUGUUCAAGGUGAAUAUGUAAUGAAUUUUUCAUGGCACGAGGAACAAGGAGUGAACUUCAUGUCAAAAAGUAGGUAUGAAUUAUAUGAAGGAAAUAUAUUAGAUUUCAUGUCUGGCCUAGAUCUCUCAGAUAAUCAGUUGACAGGUGAAAUCCCUUUACAAGUUGGAUACCUCAACACUAUCCAUACGUUAAAUUUGUCAAAGAACCAUUUGUCAGGGCCUAUUCCGGAAACAGUUUCUGACCUUAUGCAGAUAGAGAGUUUAGAUCUUUCAUACAACAAACUGACAGGUCAUAUUCCUUCCCAACUUACACAGUUGUAUUCUCUAUCUGUCUUCUUUGUGGCUCACAAUAAUUUAUCUGGUAUGACGCCUGAAAUGAAAAAUCAAUUCUCAACUUUUGACCCAAGUUCUUAUGAAGGAAAUCCUUUUCUUUGUGGUCCACCUUUACAACAUAAUUGUUCAUCUAUGGAUAAACCAGCAGGGAGAAACGCACAAUCAUAUCAUUCAGAAGAAGAUGGCUUCCGAGAAGCUUUCUUAUGGAGUUUUACAGGAGCAUUUGGAGUCUUCUUUCUUGGUGCCGUUACCUGCAUGUAUCUCAACUCUUACGUACUUUAUUGUAUAUUACAUGUGAUUUCAAAGAGAGUGGACAGAUUAUUUGUAUAG